UUAGGAACAUCUGAGGGGUGUAUUUAGGAUUGUUCCAAGCCAUCAAUACAGGCUACUCUCUCCUCCUGUGUGGAUCUUGACAGCUGACUUUCCCAGCCCAAGCAAUGGGAGCACCAGUGCUCCUUUUAGCCCUGACCCUGUUCUCAGUUGCAGCUGAAGCAAGCCUGGAACCUCAUUACAUGGUGGUGUUCCCUGCCAUCAUUCACCAUUCCCAAGAGGAGAAGCUCUGCAUUCACCUCAGCUCUCUGACUGAGGCUGUUCGCCUGGCUGUCACCCUGGAGGUGGAAACUGAGAAUCACAUGCUGGUGGAACAGGACGUGGAGAAGCCAGGUACUUUUGAGUGCAUCACCUUCCAGGUACCAGAGUUAAUUCCCUGGGAAAGAGAUGCUUCAGCUUCACAAUCAGAGGAGGUGGUUUUUCUGCAUGUCUUGAUACAAAGCGGUGACAGUGUGCUCUUUGAGGGUCGCAAGAAGGUACUGGUCAAGCCCCAGAAGAACAUAAUUCCGGUAGAGACAGACAAGGCCUUAUACAAACCUGGAGAAACAGUGAGAUUUCGAAUUGUGAACCUUGAUAAUGACCUUAAAGUCAUUAAAAAUGAGUAUCUCCAGAUAUGAUGGCUAUUGGAUCCUAAACAUAACCGUAUUGCUGAGUGGCUGAAUGUAAAGUCAAGAAAUGGCAUUGUGGGUCUGUCCUUCCCCUUGGCCUCUGAAGCAGCCCUUGGGAAUUAUACCAUCUCAGUGCAACAAGACACGGCUAAAAAUACCUUCGUCGUUAAAGAAUACGAGCUGACAAAAAUUGAAUUAGAGAUUGAGCACCCUCCCUUUAUCAGUACAGCAGAUGAGGAAUUUCAGCUGAAGUUAUGUGGCAAAUAUACCUAUGGGAAGCCUGUUCAAGGGAAAAUAGAUAUUACUUUUAUGACAUUGUUACAACUUUUGAAGAGAGAUUUCUCAAAUUCUACUGAGAUGAGGAAGAAACAGAGCUGGACAGACAAGAAUGGCUGUACUACUUUUAUGGUGAAGACAAAGACUCUGGAAUUAAAUGAAUCUGAUAGCUACAUAUAUGUGAAAGGGGAAAUGGAGGAAAUUGGAACAGGAGCAAAGACUGAAAAUGUAUCUGAAAUUCCUAUUGUGACAAGAGUGAAGUCUAUAGAGUUUAUCAAUCCCCAUCCAUUCUACAAACGUGGAUUACCAUACACAGGGAAGAUGCUUUGCCACAGUGAUGACUCUCCCCUCCAAAACGAAACAGUCUACCUAACAAUUGACAUUGACGAUGAGGAGACACACCUGUCAUUCCUCACAAAUGAGAAAGGGGAAGUCCACUUCUCACUGGAUACCACCAGCUGGAACAGCACACUGGUUUCUUUGAAGGGCACCUACUACCUUGGAAAUGACACUGAGGAGAAAUCUGAAGGCAUUGAGGAUAGCUUCCACUGGCUGAAACCUUUCUACUCUGAGAGCAACAGCUUCCUUGAGAUCAAGGCCAGGAAUGAUGUGAUGCCCUGUGGUCAAGAGCAGGAAGUGCAAGUGGAUUACAUCCUUGACCAGAAUAAACUCAGCUCUAAAGCAGACCACAUUGAUUUCUACUACUUGGUGAUUGCCAAAGGCAGGAUCCUUUUCAGUGGAGAGAAACAGGUAUCAAUUCUCCAGCAUGAGAAUCUACAGGGUUCCUUCUCAUUCACUCUGACUGUUGGCAAUGACUUCCUUCCUGACAUCAAACUUCUAGUGUAUGCUCUCUUCUUGGAUGGAGAGGUGGUAGCUGAUGUGGAAGAGUUUCAAGUAGCAACAUGCUUUAAAAACAAGGUGGCACUGGACUUCUCAAGCAAGGAGGAAGUCCCAGGUUCAAAAGUCAGUCUGGAUCUCAAGGCUGCUCCAGGGUCCCUGUGCUCUGUCCAAUCUGUUGACAAGAGUGUCCUCCUGACGUGGAACAAUACCCUAACGGCAGACACACUGUAUAAGACAGUCUUUGAUGACAGCUUUGUAAUUGGAGGACGAGGGUUCCCUUAUCACCUGGAAGAUGAUGCAUACCCCUGUCUGCCCCAGAAAUCUGGUCUCCAUAAAAAGACUCGGAUGGAAGCACCAUGGUACCAAAGUGAAGCUGAUGUCUUUAAUCUGUUUAAGAUGUUGCGCAUGAAAAUAUUAACCAAUACUAAAAUCAAGAAACCAGUUUCCUGUAUAAAACGAGGCUUUAAGAAAAAGGUGUUGUCCAGCAAAGACAGUAUAGCUGACAAUUAUGUUGGCCGUGCUGAUUCUGUACCUCAGUCAGAUGACACAGAGAAGCCCAAACCACGGACACAUUUCCCAGAAACCUGGAUUUGGGAUUUGGUCCCUGUUGGUGAUGAAGGGCAAGCAUCUCUCCAACUUACUGUACCCGACACUAUUACAGAAUGGCAUACCAAUACCUUCUGUGUUGCCGAUACUGGCUUUGGGCUCUCUCCUUUGGCCACAAUUAGGGUCUUCCAGCCUUUCUUUGUAGAUCUGUCACUGCCCUACUCUGUGACCCGAGGAGAGACUUUCAGCCUAAAAGCCACUGUCUUCAACUAUCUCAAGGACUGUAUCCAAGUGCACACCACCCUCAAAGACACCCCAGAACUAAAGGUGGAUGCCUGUCCAGGCUGCCAGUUCACCAGCUGCCUCUGUGCCAAUGAAACAAAAACCUUUGUGUGGAAUGUGACAGCUACCAGACUGGGCAAAGUGAAUAUCACUGUAAGCAGCAUGGCAGAAGAUUCACAUGAUCUGUGUGAUAACCAGGUUGCUGUGACACCAUUGCGAGGAAAGACAGACACAGUGAUAAAACCUCUGCUUGUGAAGCCAGAAGGCGUACCAAAAAAGAAGACGCAAAAUGCCUUUCUCUGUGCUACAGAUAAUACAGUCUCUGAAGAAUUCUCCCUGACCCUGCCUGCAGAAACACUGGAGGGAUCUCGCCGAGCCACUUUCUCUGUGAUUGGGGAUAUCAUGGGCCCAGCACUUCAGAAUUUAGGUCAGCUGCUUGAGAUGCCCUUUGGCUGUGGUGAACAGAACAUGGUUCAGUUUGCACCCAACAUCUUCAUACUCCAGUACUUGCAGAAGACUAAUCAAUUGGACCCAGAAAUUGAAGAUAUAGCAUUGUAUUUCCUGACAACUGGUUACCAGCGUCAGCUGCUCUACAAACAUGACGAUGGUUCCUACAGUGCCUUUGGGAAAGCAGACACGCAGGGCAAUACAUGGCUGACAGCCUUUGUGGCCAGGUCUUUUGGGCAGGCCAGCUCUCACAUUUACAUCAAUAAGGAUCAUGUGCAGGAUGCUGUGCUUUGGCUGCGGAAGCACCAACUGCCCAGUGGAUGCUUCCAGAGUGUGGGGAAGCUCUUCAAUAAUGACUUGAAGGGUGGUGUGGAUGAUACACUCUCAUUAACAGCCUAUAUCACUGCUGCACUUGUGGAACUCCACCUGGAGAAGAAUGACACAAUGCUGGAUAAUGCCUUGCAUUGCCUCAAGAAUAUAACAAUUGAUGAGACCAAUCUUUAUGUCAAGGCCUUGAUGGCUUAUGUCUUCACAUUGACCAAGGAUAUGGAGAUAAGACAACAGCUCCUGGAUAAGCUAGAGAAGGAAACUGCAGAGCAUCUGACAUCAGAUUCCAGCAGUGAAGAAUCUUCUUCUUCUAUGAUUGAGAUAGUAGCCUACAUCCUUCUGGCUCAUGUCUCCAACCCAGACUUGGCAGUCAAUGAAAACACAGUGAGCAAGCUUGUGCACUGGUUCAGUGAACAAAGAAAUCAUGGGGGAUUUGCUUCCACACAGGACACAGUUGUUAGCCUGCAGGCACUGGCUCAGUAUGCAGCCCUGUUUCCUCAUGAAAUGAGAAAUGUAAAUGUGACAGUGAAAGGAAAGGAGGCUUCGCCAUUAGAGUUCCACGUGCACAGGAACAACAAGUUGGUCCUGCAUCAGGCAUCUCUUCUUGCAGUCCCAGGGACGUACACAGUACAGGCGACCGGCAGUGGCUGUGUGUAUGUCCAGAGUACUCUCUACUAUAACACCCCACCACCAGAAACAGGAGAGGCCUUUGUCCUGGAUGUGCAAACAGUACCAAGAGAGUGUGAUGGUGUCAGGAAACAGCUUGACAUCCACAUAUCUGUCAGUUACAUCGGGGAUCGUGGGACCAGUAACAUGGCCCUGGUGGAGGUGGAGAUGCUGUCAGGUUUCAUUGCUAUGAAGAGGUCUGUGAAAGCGCUGGAGAAGGUACUCUUUGUGAAAAAGACAGAGAUAAAAACAGACAGAGUCACAAUCUACUUGGAAGAGCUGGAUAAGAUUUCUCUGAAGCUUAACAUCUCAGUGGACCAAGAUAUUGAAGUACAGAACCUGAAACCAGCAACAGUACAUGUCUAUGACUACUAUAAGCCAGAUGACCACACAGCAAGAGAAUACAAUUCCCCUUGCAGUUCAGAUGUCUAGAUGGAUUCCUACAAGAACCCCAUGGCUCUGGAACCAGCAAUGUGAGUUUCCCACUUCCAUAAGGGAAACUUCAUUGCUCUGGCUCUACUCUGUGUACUGUGCUGUACCCACUUCUGUUCUGUUGGAUGCACCCUAUUUCUUUUGAUGCCCGUAGUUUCUAUGUGAAACAUGACUUGACAUGCAGUAGAUUGGGUUUGAGUGAAAUAAAGUAUAUGGAACUUGAAAAGAA